AUGCUUUUGGUGGGGGGUUUGCUGUAUUCUAUCGGGCUACUGUUCUACAGGCUCUUCUUUCAUCCUCUCAGAAAGAUCCCCGGACCUUGGUACGCCGCAGCGACGAGCUGGUACGAAUUUUACUACGACGUUGUUCUGGACGGCCAGCUUGUCAGGCAAUACCCGAUUCUGCAUGACAAAUAUGGGCCUGUGAUCCGCAUCUCUCCCGACCGCAUACACGUUAGCGAUCCCAGCUUUUUCAGGGACCGAUAUCUCAAAGAUUCGGGUUUCUACCAGGCUUUCGGCACGUUGAAAUACUCCAUCGUUAUGCUUAUUGACCCGGAAGAGCACAAGCAGCGAAGAAACACCGUCAAGUCCCUUUUCUCGACCAGACAAAUGGAUCAGCUGGCUCCUUCGAUUUUGGAUGUUGUCAGGAGGGCUAUGAAUAGGGCACAGAGAUCUUACGACGGAGGAGCCCCGCUGAACAUUCAGGCCUCGUGGUCGUCCGUCACAGUUGACACGAUCAUGUCUGUUCUGUUUGAUCGGCAAAUGAAUUUCGUGGACUCAGACGAGGAGAUGCCCCCUUUUCUGGACGCCAUGACGAAAUUUGCAGACAACUUUCUUCUCACGAAACACUUCCCUCUGAUGAACCGCCUCGCCGUUGGCUUGCCAAUGAGCAUAGCUGCGUCUGAUGGACGGCCCACUUACUUUGACCUGCUGCUCCGCUCCAAUGCUAAAAUGCCCAAUGGGCUGAACAGAGAGGCGCUUGUAGACGAGGCUUUUGUACUUUGCUUUGCUGGUACCGACACUACAGGUAUUGGUCUCAGUCUCGGGACCUACUAUCUUCUGAAGAACCCUGAGAAGCUGAACAAGAUGCUCGACGAGUUGAAGACGGUGAAGACAAAUGCCGAGGGACUUUUCGAGUACCGCGAACUUUGCAAUCUCCCAUACCUGUCGACCGUAUCUCAAGCGAUCAGAACCAUCCACGACAACCCGGAUAUCUUUCCGGAGCCACAAAGGUUCAUCCCAGAGCGUUGGCUCGGAGAGAAUGGAUGGGAGCUGGAGAAGUGCGUCGCUUACAUGGAGAUGUAUCUCUGUCUUGCCAACUUGUUCACCCGCUUCAAUAUGAGUUUGUACAAGACAGACGAUAAUACGACACAGUGGGCGGAUGGUCCUGCGGCUAGAAUUCGCGAAAGUGUCAAAGUCAACAUUGAUUCGAUCAAGAUGUAG